AUGUCUAAUCAAGCCGGCCUUCAAACGGACUGGAAUGACUAUCCUUGGUUCGUCAAUGAUUAUAUCCCUAGACAGACUGUGCCGACACUACGACUAUUCGCUUCUAUCAUCGAAGCUCAAUCUCGAAAUCAAUGUUAUGUUAGAAGCUCAGACAGGAAAGCUGAUAUAGUAGCUAGAGUUCAGGAUUGUUUUGCAAGAAUGAAAGCUACUGGAGAUUUAAGAACAUAUGGUCAAGUGAGACUAGCAUGUGAACAAAGAGGUACACCACAGUACAAAAGUUACGCAACUCCUGCUGCUGCUCCCGCUCCGACUUUUGGUGGUGUCCCCGCAAGUUCGUCAACUCAUCAUUCAACUUCCAGUAAUAGCGCUUAUGGUCGUCCGCCAGUGGGUUCUUCAACGAAUGGAUAUCCUGGAUCAUAUAAUCCUGCUGGACCUUCUAGAGCAAGCGGAUCAAAUUGGCAAGCUAAUUAUUCUCGCCAACCUCCGACUUUACAAGAUUGGAAGCCCAAUCCAAUGUGGAAACCUGUCAAAGCUCUGACAAAUAUUUCACAUAACGAGAACUCGCAUGUUAGAAGGGAAAGGAAAACCAACUUCUCGAUACCGAAUGAUGUAUUGGAAAGGUUGAAUAUGUCAAGGGAUAAUCCAAAUUCUCAUCCACGUUACGCUGUUCGCUUAUUCUGUACUUCAUCGGAUCACUUCAAACCAUCAGGAAUGCCUCCUCUACCAGGUCAAUCAGUUCCCACAAAUCGAUCAAUACCGAUAGAGUAUCCUUCAAACCCCGAUAUAAUGGUAGAUGGUUAUCCACUUUCAUUCAAGGAGAAGGGUUUAAGGGGGAAAGCAGGCAGUGCACCGCCAUUCGAUUUGGAGAAAGGUGCAAAUGGUCUAUCAAGAAUACCGGGGAGAAUGACAUCUGUAGCUUUAGGUCAUUCAGGACCUACAGUUGGGAAAAGGAAAGAUGUCGCAAAGAGAUUCUUCUAUCAGAUCGUAUUCGCUGAAAUGACAACCAAGGAAGAACUGCUGAAUCGUCUGAAAGGAUUGGAACCGACUAGUGUGGAAGCGUCAUUAACGGAAUUCAAGAGACGUCAGGAGGAAGAUGAUGAUAUCGUAGUGGGUACAUCGGUAAUGUCACUGAAGGAUCCUCUCGCAUACAUGCGAAUGACACGGCCUGUCCGAUCGUCAAAGUGUACCCAUAUACAAUGCUUUGAUGCACAAUGGUGGAUCGAGAGUAACGCUCAACAUCCUCAGUGGCAUUGUCCACAUUGUGGGAAAGAGCUACAGUUUCCAGAUCUGAUCAUUGAUGGUUACGUUCUGUCAAUACUGAACGCUUGUCCUGACUCGGUGGACGAUGUCAUCCUCGAGCCCAGUGGUGACUGGCAUACAGAAGACAAUAAGUAUGGAUCGGCAACUUGGAUGGCGACAAACGGUGUGGCUGCACCACCUGUAGUAGAUCAGAAACCAGAUCUUGCUCCAUCCCCUCUAUCGAACGGAGGUGCAACAGAGAAUGUUAGCUCCAAGAGGAAGAUUGUGGAAUUACUGUCGGAUAGUGACGAUGACGAUGAAGACGAACAACCUUUGUCUAAAACAGUAAAUGGCAACAAACCACCACCUACCCCCGUCGCAUCUGCACUCCCACCCCGGCUUACACCCGCUCCUACCCCUGCGACUGCUGGACCAUCGUCAUCGCGAUCCUCUAUACAGCCCGCCAAUGAUAUUAUCGAUCUCACCAUAUCCGAUUCUGAAGAAGAAGAUGGAGAUGAAACAGAUGAACCACCAUCUGCUUCUCAACAGCAAUAUUUUCAAGGACCGGACUCCGCAUACGCGAGUCGAAACGCCGUCGACUCGAGUCAUCCCCUUCCCUCUCUGAAUGAUCGAGGAGCAGGAUCGGCAGUUCGGCCUAACGGCGCACCAAACGGUGUAACAAAUACAGAUAGAGGUGGUGUGGGAAACAGAAUAUGGAUGAAUCCUCUUGACGAAAUGUACGAGGAAGGCUUUACGAAUAGUCGAUUCGGAGGACAAAGACCACCGACUGGACCAAGAAAUGCUCCAGGGUAUGGGGCUGGAGACGGAUCUUCAUCAAAAAGACCGAGAUCAGAGGAAUGGUCAGGAGAAGAUCCAAUCGAUCGAUUACGACCCGAUUCAAACGCAAGAGGAUUUUCUUCAUAUGCUUCUGGUCGAUCGACAUUCGAUAAUCGUCCUCCUCCGCCUCAGCCUCAUCUAUCUCAACCGAUAUCUCUUCGACCUCCUGAACCAAGAGCCAACUUCAAUCUGCCUCUUAGACCAUUACUCUUACCUCAAUCACUCUCAGCUCGUAAUUUAGCUUCCACAUCUACGUCUCAAUCUCCUAAUACCCAUGUUAGCUCUCUUCCGCAUUCAUCGUCCUCUCAGUCCUUUUCCUCACAUAGCCGGCCUAACAACCCUCCUGAUCCUCCUAACAGAGGUUUAAGAAAUGAUCAUUGGAGACCAACACCCAAUACCACUGAUAACGGCUCAUCAUCUGCCUCGUCGACCUCACUAAAAGUGAGAAUCCCAAAUCCGAAUAUGAUAAGGAACGCAAAUAGUAUAAGCAGUGCAGGUGGACCAAGUACAUCUCCAUUGUCUAAUCGUAGGACAGAGAAUGCUUUAAGUCCAGGUCAACAGAGAUUAUGGAUUGCUACUCAACACGAUAAAGGAGAUACCGAUGAAGCUUCAUUGGAAUUGAAUCCACGUUCCCCACAAACUCCUCCAUUUCCACCACCACCUCUACCAUCAGUGCCAUCGAAAUUCCAACCUCAACCAAGUACAAGGACAAAUGGAUAUGGAAAUGGAAAUGGGAAUGGCAACGGUAAUGGUAACGGUAACGGUAGUGGUAAUGUUAACAGACAAGCCAAUAUGGCAAUCGACGACGAUGAUCGAGCGGAAAGAUCUUCUGAUUUAGGUUUGGGAAUGGAAACUAUGGAAGAGGAAUUUUGGGAAGGUGUACUGAAUGGUGAUUUGGAAUUAUAA